AUGGGACCGCUGCUGCAGAUCGUCGCGGACCACGUCGUGCAGGGCCGGGUCGUCUUCCCCGGCGCGGGCUACAUGGAGAUGGCGCGCGCGGCUGCUGUCGCCCUCUCGAGCGGCGCCACGAGCGCCACGCUCUCGCGCGUCUUCUUCCUGCAGCCGCUCGUGCUAGAGGGCGACCUGAGCACGCUCGCCGUCAGCAUCGAGAUCAGCGCCGCGGAGGAGCGGUUCGACGUGACCACCGAGGACCUCGAGGCGGGCACCAAGACGUCCCACUGCGCCGGCGGAGCGACCGCUCUCUCCGAGGCGAUGCCCUGCUUCUCCCACGCGGCUCUCCGCGCGUCGUGCACUCAGCCAGUCGACACUGCCGUCCUCUACGCGGGCUUCCGCUCGGUCGGCCUCGAGUACGGCCCGCUUUACCGCACGCUCACCUCGGCGCGCGUCUCGCGAGGCGCCGGCGUCGCCGUUGGCCAGCUGCGCCGCCGCUCGCGCAAGGAGGGCACCAGCGUCCACCCCGCCGACCUCGACGGCUCGCUCCACCUCACUGCCCUGCUCGCCGAGGCGACGGCGGCGGGCGAGAUCCGGCUCCCCUUCUCGGUCGGCGAGGCGGCGCUCACCGACGUGAGCGGCUCUCCGUGGCCGGUGGCGGAGCGGCAGGGGGCGGGCAAGGCGGGCGUGUGGAUCGGAGCCAAGGACGCGAAGGCGGCUAGGGACUCGCCCGGCGCACGCCUCACCAACUUCGAGACGCGUGCGCUCAAGGCGGCAAUGCGGGCGGCUCCGGUGCGCAGGCUCACGCACCUGUACGUCACGUCGUGGCAGGCAGCGACGGUGCCGCCCGCUGAGAGCGCCAGAGCGGCGCUCGUGAUGUGCGCCUCUGCUCCGGCCGUCCCAGCCUCGUGCUCCGGCGUGGCACAAGCGGCCGCUCCGUCGGCGUCGAUCGGCUCAAUUGUGUAUGCCGUCGGCCUGAGCACGGGCGCCAAGGCCUCCGACUCGCUCGCCGGCCUGGCUGCUGCCGUCGACGUUGUGCGCAUGCAGGUCAUCGCGCGCUCCUUGUGUCCCGUGUGGAUGGUCUCGGCUGGCGCCCUCGCCGCCCGCUCGGCUGGCACCGGCGCCUCGAGCCAGGCGGGUCUGAUGGGCCUGACCCGCCAGGCUCGCUCGGAGGCGCCGCAGUCCUGCCUGCCGCUCCUCGAUAUGGACGUUCUGCGGCCCGGUGUGACGGAGCUGGCGGCCGGCUCGAACCUGGCCGGCAAGCUCGGCCUCGGCUUCAGCGGCGCCUCGGAGCCCGAGGUAGCCUUCGACGACAUGAUUCAGCGUGUGCCGCGCCUAGCCGAGGCUGCCGGAUCGCUCGGCGGCCCGAUCAAGCUCUACUUCGACGCGCGCGGCGCCGUGAGCAACCUGAGAGUGGUGCCUCAGGCAGUGGACGACUCCGAGCCGGUCCCUGGCGAAGUCAAGCUGCACGUCGGCGCGGUCGGCCUCAACUUCCGAGACGUGCUCAACGUGCUCGGCGUAUACCCGGGCGACCCGGGCCCGCCCGGAGGCGACUGCGCCGCGCACAUUGCGGCCGAGGGACCCGGCAGCUCGCACAUCAAGGUCGGUGACGCCGUGCUCGGGCAUGGACUGGCUGCCCUCGCGUCGGUCUCCAGGUCGGACGCGCGGCUCGUGGCGAGCAUCACAGAGUCGCUCUCCUUUGAGCAGGCCUGCACGCUGCCGACCACUUGGAUGACGGUGCACAUAUCCCUCCUUGCAGCGAGGCCGGCAGCUGGACAUGGCGUGCUUCUGCACGCUGGAGCGGGCGGCGUCGGCCUCACUGCGCAGGAGUACUGCCACCUCAUCAGAAGCAGCCCAUCUGCAAGCGUCGGCCGGCCAUACAAGCACUUUUACCUGGCUCGCAUGGGCCUCGCCGGCCGCACUGUCAGCUCGCGCGACAGCGGCGCCUUUGCAGUCGGCGCGUCGAGGCUGCUCGGCUCGUGCCGGCUGCGCUUCUCGCUCAACAGCCUGUCGGCGGACUUCAUUGCGUGCACCUUUGCGCUGCUGCGGCAGGACGGCUGGCUGUGUGAGAUCGGCAAGCGCGCGGUGUGGAGCUGUGAGCGGCUUGAGUCGGCGUCGCUCUCGAGGUACGUGGCGAUCGCGCUCGACUCAACCAUCGAGCAGAUGCCGGUCUGGGUCCGUGACACGCUUCAGCUGCUCUCGCGUCGCGCGGACGCCAUUGUGCUCCACGGCCUGCCGUUGCAGACCUUUGAGCUCGAGAGGAGCGUCUUGGCCGCCUUCCGCACGCUGCAGGGCGGCACCAACACGGGCAAGGUGGUGGUGCGCAUCCCGAGGACGGCUCCGACGCCACCGCGAGGCGCCCACCUGCUCUCGGGCGGGACCGGCGGCCUCGGCCUGGUCACGGGCAGGUGGCUCGGCGAGGCCGGCGCCGAGUCGGUCGUGCUGGCGGCCCGCGGCGGCAAGGUGGCAGCCGCGGAUGGCGAGACGCUGAAGAAGGAGUCAGAGGACGGGGAAGGCACUAACGUGGCCGAGGUUGACUAUAACAUUGAUUUCGACACAGCAGUCGACGACCGCGCGAAGCUCGAUGACGCGCUCAGGGCUGACCUCGCUCGAUCGCUCGGCGUCGACCCAACCAAGAUCAAGAUAAAGUCGGUCUCCUCGCAGAGGGUCAAGCAGCUUGACCCUCUCGUUCAAGAGCACCAGGUGUUGUAUGCGGAGCAGCCGCAGCGGUGCCGCGCCGGAUGUGGCAACCUCUGCUACUCAUUCUGCCCAGGCUGCGCCCAGGACGAGGGUGGUGGCCCGGCCGCGGGUUUCUAUUGUUGCGGGAAGGAGCGCAACUGUCUUGCAAAGCAGCACUGCAAGCGCUGUUGCGUCAGGCCGUCCAUCAACCGCUCAUGUACGUACUGA